ACAGCAAACCAUCCGGGAUAGGUCUACCAUUUCCAACUAUUCCAGAUCAUCGAUUCUCUGCCAGUUCAACAUACAAGGCCUCUGAAAAGUAYAAACCACAUGCUGGGCGUACAAUGGGUACUCAUUGCUGGGAAYCUCUGGAAAAUACGAAUCCUCAUGACUAUUUAGAGAUUGACCUUGGAGCCCCUCACAUAGUGUGCGGUAUUGGCAUACAAGGAACUGGACAAGACUUCCGGAUUGACGAAAAAACAAGGGAUUAUUAUAUWGAAUUUUCCUUGGAUGGCGUCGACUGGCAUAUAGUUUUACCUAGUGGAGAGGGGGUCGUUAGUUUCGAAGGCAACCUUAAGCGUGAACAAGACUACCCUGGUGAUGUUUACAUCAAGAAAAACAUAUUCACUGAUAAAAACCUGCUUGUUGCGAGGUUUUAUAGAAUCUACCCGCUUAACUUUGACGGCCAUAAGUGCGUCCGAACUGAGCUUUAUGGCCUUAGACAAGAAUGGAGAGGUUCUUUGGGACUGGAGACAAUUGCAGGCAAAUCCAAUGUCUUCGACCAGCAAAUAACAGCUUCAAGUUUCYUGGACAAACAUACCACUCCACCUAAAGCGCGAUUGUAUAGCCCUAGUUCCUGGUGUGCAAAAACCAAAGGCUCGUACCUUCAAAUUGAUAUGAAAAAAGUCCAAGAGUUCAGAGGGUUGGCGUUUCACGCGGACGCAAGAGAUAACAACAAGCGUGUAUUGGAGUUUGAAUUGCAAUAUGGAUAUGAUCAUAGCAAGCUCACAAGAACUAAGAUCAAAACAGAAUUGACCGCCAAGAAAGAAAUAAAGAGUUACUGGCUUCCGCGUCCCGCUAAUGCUCGAUAYGUUCGCAUACAACCAACCAAGUGGCACAACAAGCCUUGCAUAAGGACCGAGCUCUAUGUUAAUAACGUUAGAGGCCCACCAGUUACGAUUCAAAGCUUCAAUCUGGAAGGCAAAUUGACUGCAACACCUGGUUCAUUCAUCACCGCCAAAUGCUCCGCAAGUGGGGACAAACAGGCGAAUAUCAAAUGGCUUAUUGGAGGGCUUGAUGUCACCGACAAGUCAGAUGGCAGUGUUUAUGCUGACAAGGAAGGUCUAAGGUCCAGCAAAUUGCAGAUUAACUUUACAAGCGUCUUGGACGUCAAGUCAACCUUUCAGUGUGAAAGUCUCGACAGGUUUCUUAUGAAUUGCUCUACCAUGGUUGAUUGUCUAGCUUACAGAUUCGAUGCAAACGGAGAUAGAAGGAGGAGUUCUAUUUGGAUUGUGAUAGAUAUUCGGCCACCAACUGAUCCUCCUACACAACCACCAGCCACUCUCA